AAGACCACGUGAUUCGAAACCUACCUAGGUAUUGUAGCUAGUUUUUCACCCUAUCGCAAAAGACGAUGCAAUAUUGGUUGCAAUCAAGUCAUUGAUCUUCCACCUUCGUUCCCCUACAUCCAGGGAGCGUGUCUAUACUUACCAUGUGAAUCUACCUCUUACUCCUUGCAACUUUCGCCUUUGUCUGUUCUCCUUGGCAGAAUGGCCGCGAUAGCCUCCACUUUUGUGCCACGCGCGGCGUUCCCGAAAAUUGACAGCAUUCCGCGCACAUAUUUCUUGGGCCAUCAUAGAGCUGGACUUGAGAAAAUGAAAAAGAUGCUGUCAUCGAUCGAUCAUGUUAUUGAAUGUAGAGACUUUCGAAUUCCUGCCACAUCAAUCAACCCUGUGUUCGAGGAAGCUUUGGGUGAGAAACCUAGGUGGAUCAUAUAUACCAAGCGGGACCUUGGAGGCGAUCUCAAGCUAGCGAACCAGCGCAAAGAGAAGAUGAUACAACGAUGGCAUAAGUCCUCAAAAACCUUCUUUACCAACCGUUUCGACACGAAUACUAUCGUCCCGAUCGUCAAAGCGAUUAAAAGGCAACCUUUUAACUUAGAUAAGCUCACAGGUGCUCGAAUCCUGGUUGUUGGAAUGCCGAAUGUUGGAAAAUCAAGCCUGAUAAACGCCCUCCGAAAUUUUGUCAUGAAAAAGGGAAAAGCAGCCAAGACCGGCGCGGAUCCUGGCGUGACGAGGAAAGUCGGCACCGGUAUUAAAAUUCUCGAGAGGGCUCGGGGUUCAGUCUAUUUACACGACACACCUGGAGUCUUUGUGCCAUACAUGCCAGAUUCGGAAAGCAUGCUGAAGCUUGCGCUUUGUGGUUGUGUGAAACACACUAUUAUCCCAACCAUCACGCUGGCUGACUAUUUGCUUUACCAAAUAAAUCUCCACAAACCAAGACUAUAUGGGAAAUACACGGAACCAACGAAUGAUAUAAUACAUUUCUUGAAGUCAUUUGGUGCUAAAGCAGGAUGUUUCGCCAAAGGUGGAACCAUAGACCUCGAGGGCGCUGCUAGAAAGAUGAUUCACAUGUAUCGAGAGGGAAAAUUUGGAGCUUUUAUCAUGGACAAUUUACAGGAGACGACGUUGAACAUACAGCAAGAGCGAUUGGCAGCUAUGGGCGGAAGCAUUAACCAGGCUAAGAAGGCAGAGAAACAGGACAAGAGGGAAGAACAUAUGGAGAACGUGGAGACAGUUUGAAUGCCAGAAUCCCAUUCACACGAUUGUUCUAGAUGAACCUUGUACAUUAUGUAAUUAUAGAUAGGCAGAAUGCAGUUAACGAAUAGAAUAAUAUAUGAGCAUGCAGAACGACAUUAAAAGGCUAACAAUCAUGAAAAACGCCAACCGGCUAG